ACAGUCACAGCCGAAUCAUUCGAAAUGUUUCGUUCGAUUGUUGGUAUCCUCUUCGUGGCCCUGGCCCUGCUUCAGACCGUUUCUACUAUCGAUAUUUCCAAGUACAAGAGCGUUCGAUUGGAAUUCAGCAGCACCGAUGGCGUAACGCAACCAAAAUUGGGUGAAGAUCGCGGAUCAGGGUUCAUCGGAGAUUUCAUUGCCGGCCAACGUUACUCGGAUGAAAUAGUAUUUCGUCGAGUUGUCGAAUUUGAGAAUCCUACCAAUACUAUUCAAACCACAACAUUGAACAUAAGCGUUUCCAAUGCAAUCAUCCACUACAUUAGUGCAAGAAAUGCGCCCGGAAGUUACGCUGUGAUCUGUAACGAUUCGAACAGUUUAGGAUCAUCAAAUGGCAGCAUCACCCUUCGAGUUUCACCGAAUUCGACAUCUUCGAUAACUUUAGUCGUCGCAGCACACAGUCAAUUGCGUAUGAUAUAAAUCGUUUCUGAAUUGAGCUUGAUUUCGAACAAUUCUGCUAUGUUUACAAAUUUUUUACCUAAAUACAUCUGGCAACUCAAAAAGUUCUUGCAGUUUUUAUCAAUGGGUAGAAAUGAUUGCAAUCAGUAUACUGGAUAAAAUAGUCAAUUCAUUUUUACUUAAUUAUGGUUGAACGUUUUCUGCCAUUUUUUGGUUAUUACUUAUUUUUAUGGUGUAUGUAUAUUUCGACUGUAUAGUACAUGUAUUAUCAAUAAUUAAAAACCUAAAAAUGGUAUGAAUUUUAUUGGGUAUUUUUAGUUAGAUUUACUGAAUGUUCCAAAUAGCAUCAUAUUGCGUUAUUCUAAAGAAGAAAGGUAUUCUCUUUUGGAGUUAAAAUAUAUAGGGGAAUUUGAAAAUAUAAGACGUAAAAUUUAAGUUACAUGUAAUGUGAAAGACAACAAUAAAUGCAGUAUUAUUCCUAA